AUGAGUAGAAUUGUAUCACCAUUAAGGAUGGAUUCUGCCCUCAACAACUCAAUUGAAGAGGAAAACGAAUGGGUGCCAACUUGUGCUGAAGAAUUAAAGCCGAAGGUUGGACAACAAUUCAAUACAUUAGAAGAAGGUGAAGAGUUUUACAAAAGGUAUGCACAUAAUGCUGGAUUUAGUGUUCGUUGCUCAUCUGAAACUAAAGACAAAACUGGCGUGAAGCGUUGGAAGUAUUUUGUUUGCUCAAAAGAAGGUUACCUACCAAAUAGGACAGAAAGUGUGGUGCAAAGUGAAUCCACAGUUAAGCUUAAGGCUAGAAGAAGGAGUCUAACAAGAGAAGGAUGCUAUGCAAGAGCUGUUUUCAAACUGGUAGAGGAAGGUAAAUAUGAACUUAAUAAAUUUCAUGAAAGUCAUACACAUGCACUUGCUUCACUUAUGAAGAGACAAUUUUUACGAUCAGCAAGAAAAGUGAAUCCUGUGCACAAGAGUUUAUUGCGUGCAUAUAAUAGAGCAAAUAUUGGACCUUCGAAAACUUACCACUUGUUGAAAGAGCAAUUUGGGGGUUAUCAAAAUGUUGGAUGCACACAAAGAGAUCUUCAAAAUUACUCAAGAGAUUUAAAGACUUUAAUUAAAGAUUCUGAUGCUCAUGUAUUUAUUGACAACUUUAGAAGGAAGCAAGAAUUAAAUCCAUCCUUCUACUGUGGCUCUACGGGUUCCACCACCUCCAUCUUCGACCACCUAAAGCUUUAG